AUGAAGUUGGACGGGGAAAAGGUGAGAUAAGAGUGUAAAGGAACUUAGCGAUCGCUGCAUGUAAACUAGAAUGAUGGCUGUUUCAUGUAGCACGAUAAAUUUAAAAACUCUGGUUAUGACAACCUUCUUUAUAGCUGUUAUAUAUCCUUUUUUAAUUUGUGGCAUACUUGCUUGGGCAAAUACAUAUCUCACAACUCUGCAGCCAUUAUAACCUUUUCAAAAUUUGAUAACUGACAUUCAUUCAAGUCUACUAUUAAAAAAAUCUUAAAAUAAUUAAGUUUAAUGAUCUGAUAACGUUACACGUCACAACUUUUAUAAACGAAAUAACAGAAUAUCCGAUUAGACUACGUUUAAUACUUUUUUCGCUCCUGUUAACAAAACACAUGCCUAUAACACUAUAUAUUUGCAUCAAAUAAAUCUUACACUAUAUUCAUAAAAUUCGAACAAACUAUGGAAUUUUCAAUCUUGCAUAUCAAGGUGUCGAAUUCUCUUACGAAUCAAUAAAGUCGUAUCUAUCUAUUGCCUAAGAAAUCUUUAAAAACUUACUCAAUAUGAAUCCAAUUCAUGACCAAAAAAUUAAAAUAAAUUUAUUAUCGCUCUCGUUUUGCGAUAUUCGUGCACAUGCAUGAAAAUGUAAACUUCUUUAUUCAUUCAAAUCAUGAUAGUUUGGUUCUCCCAGUUAUAUGUGCUAUUUGUUUUUUUGUUUUUUUCUGUGGGCAUGCUGCUCAUAUUCAGCAAAUUUUCUCCCAGAACCGCAGGCUCGCAUUUUCCAGCGGACUUGCCGUGAAAAAUUUAAAAAUUUUGCGUUUUCCACAGAACUGGCCAUUUUGUGUAAGAUCUCCGUUGAUAAUGUGAGGCCUCAGGCCGCACGAGUGGGAGAAAUUUCGCUAAAUUUGACCAAUGUGGGUUUUUUUACGUACGGACGAGUAUAACUGCUGUCUGGAUAUAAAACCACAUAAACUUAAACGAUUCCAGCCUGGCAUGCUACUAUAUGUUUAUUCCAGGCAAGAAUUAAGUAGCCAAAAAAUACCACAAAAUCCUUAAUAUGUUGGAAGUUUUUAACUACGGGGUAGAUUAAAAUUGUUGUUCUUGUUUCAUUUUUAAUACAGUUAAAUGUUAUCCAUUAUAGAAUCCAUGAAUAAAACAUUCAUGAUUUAAAACAAAUCAAUAACAAUUGCAUUUAAUGGUUAAAUACUCUGUCCUCGCAAAUGCUCUGCGCAGUCCAGUCGUGUUGAAAAAGUAAAAUACAUUUGAUUUUGUCUAGAAAACAUUUCUAUAUCAUUCUCCCGUUUGGUCGAACAAGGAGACAUACGCUGAACAAGAUGGACUCGAAGGAUUGACAGAGAAAGAAAGCAAGUUGGCGUCGUAUUGGAACACUCCUUUCACAAAAAUUUGCUUCGGCAUGACACACAAUGGCGACAAAAGAUGGCUGAAACUCGAUUAUAACGCAAGUUCGCUGUACAGUGUGUUCGCAGACGGAGAAUACAAGCCUACGGCCCUCGGCAGAAAUGCUUGGAAAUCUCUGAUCGCGGACUCAUCACUUCAAUCCAGUUGCCACAAGGAAGGUUUUAAUGUACCGUACAAUGAAGGAAGCGAUGCUGGAAUACGAAUCGGAAUCUAUGCUGAUGAUAACCUGAAUUGCCGUGGCUCCGAUUCUUGGAUUGGCUGCGGUUUUAGUCAUGGAGUUGGCGCUUGCCAGCAUUUUGCAAGGAGUCAGUAUAGUCCGGAUAAUGGAGGCAGAGACUUGAAGACGUUUGGAUAUAUUCUGGUUCAGUAA